AUGUAUUGGCUGGUUGCUCAGAUGGGCGGUGUGUACGCGGGGCUGCAGUACCACGGUAGCUUCGCGCCGCCCCCACCCCCGCGGGGACCGUUCGCCUCCCCCACGCAUCCACACACGCAUUAUAUUGCGAAUUCACAGCGAGCCGAGGGCGGUCGUCUAGAAAUGGUUGGUGGUGGGGAAGGCACACUGUCUCCUCUUCAGCCAACACCUGAUCUGCAUCAUGCGCCGCUAUUACUUGCCACUGAGUACGAUGUGUAUGAGCAGGCCCGCGGCGCCCCGUUGGAGUUGAUGGCGGGCCACCACGCGCGCCAUGCGCUGUCCCAUCACCACAGACGCAGCGGCGCCGGAGUCGGCGUGGGCGUGGGAGUAGGGGGAGGCGUGGGAGUGGUGGGGAGCGGUGCGCGCGCCCGCCCUUACGUGCGACACGCUGCGCGGUGGCCGCACCAUCCCAUACACCAUAUACACACGCAGGGUGGCGGCGGGCUGGUGGGCGCGGCGCUCCCGGCGCACGUGCAGGCCCAGCUCCACGUCGCGCAGCCGCUGUCCUUGCCUCCCCCUCCACCCACCUACCAGGUGUUCUUGAACCUCCUGGCCAUGUUCCCCCUGUCGCCCUACGCGGAGGCGCGCGGGGGGGGCGCUGGCGCGGGAGGGGACGACGCCGAGGGGAACGAGACGGAGAACUACGAGGCGCUGCUCUCGCUCGCAGAGAGGCUGGGAGAGGCCAAACCGAGAGGGCUGGCGCGGCACGAGAUCGAGGCGCUGCCGUCGUACAAGUUCGCGCCGGCCACGCACCGCGGCGAGCAGCAGUCGUGCGUGGUGUGCAUGUGCGAGUUCGAGGCGCGCCAGCACCUGCGCGUGCUGCCCUGCGCGCACGAGUUCCACGCCAAGUGCGUCGACAAGUGGCUGCGGUCAAAUCGUACGUGUCCCAUAUGCCGCGGGAACGCGUCAGAAUAUUUCACGAACUCCGAGUGA